UGCCGGAAAGCACGUUAGUCACACUUUCGUUCGUGGACGAUCAAUAUUUACCUACAAUUUUUAUUCUGUUCACAAAAGCUCGUAAUAUUGAUGCAAUCAACAUGUGAAACAUCGACCCUGGUACAAAGUACACACUCACAAACAAACUCGAAUCCUUGGUACGUCGACUGUGUACACUCGAUCCGAGCCAAACAUGUCGUUUUAUGUGUUGUUACUGAUAAGCACUGUUUUAACUAUUGUGUUGAUUCGGAAAGCGUACAAGAAAUUCUACCGGGAUGAAAAACUGCUGCAAGAUAUACCGUACCCUCCUGGAGUGUUCCUUUUGGGAAAUUUACCCUUGUUGAUGCGUGCUGAUACGCUGUUUAAAAAAAUUAGACGGUACUCGAAAAAGUACUACCCGAUAUAUCGAUUUUCAACGCCCUAUGUUAACAUUGUGCACCUUCUGGACCCUAACGACAUCGAAUUGGUACUGUCGUCCACCAAACACUUAACAAAAAGUAAAAUCUACACGUUCUUGCACAACUGGUUGGGAACCGGUCUUUUGACAAGCUCGGGCGUUAAAUGGCACAAAAGACGCAAGAUUUUAACCCCUGCUUUCCACUUCAACAUUCUUCAACAGUUCUUAGUUAUAUUCAACGAUGAAACGUCAAGGUUGGUCGAAAAAUUGCACGACAAGUGUGACAGUACUAUUAAUGUGGUACCGUUAGUCACGAAUUUCACGCUUCAAACAAUCGCCGAAACAGCGAUGGGUUUCAGUAGUGUUAUAGACGAAACGGGUCAAAAAAAAUAUAAAGCUGCGAUUCACGAAAUAGUGCAAAUCGUUUUCAAACGAUUAGCCAAACCGUGGUUGUGUUUUGACCCGAUUUUCUACUUCAGUAAACUCGCUAGAGAGGAAAGUCGCGUGAUUAAGAUCCUGCACGAUUUUUCCGGAAACAUAAUCAAGGAGAGAGAGAAAGAAAUGACUGUGGAAACUUAUUCCAAGAAAAAACGUCUAGCGAUGUUGGAUUUGCUUCUGUCAGCGAAAAACCAAGGUGCGGAUAUCGAUAACGAAGGAAUAAGAGAAGAAGUGGACACUUUCAUGUUCGAGGGCCACGAUACCACUUCCAUGGCUAUUUCGUACCUCCUGCUCGUUUUAGCCAACCUUCAAGACAUACAAGCCCAAGUCUUGGAGGAGAUAUUGUCAGUGGUGGGUCCAACGAAAGUACCAACCUACGAAGAUCUGCAAGAGCUGCGCUACACCGAAAGGUGUAUCAAGGAAACGUUGCGCCUUUUCCCAUCCGUUCCUUUUAUUUCCAGGAUCACUGGUGAUGAAUUCAGGACCAGAACCGGCCACACGAUUCCCGCAGAGACGGUUAUUCAUGUGCACAUUUUCGACGUUCAUCGCAACGACAAGCUUUAUCCUGAUCCUUUGAAGUUCGAUCCGGAUCGAUUCCUGCCGGAGAAUGUCAGCGCACGGCAUCCUUUCGCCUAUAUUCCGUUCAGUGCGGGUCCUCGGAAUUGUAUAGGGCAGAGAUUUGCGUUGUUGGAGUUGAAAGCGGCGCUUUGUGGAAUUUUGAGGAACUUUAGGUUGGAGAAAGUUGAUGAUAUGUAUGAGGUGGAGUUUAAGGCGGAUUUGGUGCUUCGGCCGAUCAAGGAUGUGAAGGUGAAGAUUUUGGCGCGGGUUUAGAGGAAAGUUCGAGAAAUAGUGGCUUGACUGACUGAUGUUAAUAUAUGUUUUUUGCUUUGUUAUAAAGUAUCGAACGAAAUCUGGUGAUAAUUAUUAUUGGCUGUUUUGUACCUCUAGGAUAUCAACAAAAUGUAUUUGUGUAAUAAAAUUUUGUAUACAA